AACAAUGCCAGUGACGGUUGAACCUAACCUCAAAAUUAUUCCCUAUUAAAACGUGAUUAUUUUUAAUAUUUUAGUUGUUUCAUGAUCAAAUGUAGUAAACUUGAAACUAAAAUGUUGGUGAAAGAGGCUCCAGUCGUUUGGAACUUGUUAAGAGGAAUUUUGUGCGUCUACAAGCCGGCAGAAAUUUCUUGUGAAAAUUUACGCAAGGCAUUAAUUACUCGAAUUUGUGAUGAAUUAAAUGAACUGGAAUGUAGACCACCCUCAGAAUAUGUGUCAAUUGAAGGGAACGCAUUGCAAAAAUUAGAAGUAAAAGUUGUGCCUAACUGGGCUGACCAUCCUUUGGUUGUUGGGCCUAGAUAUCAGCCUCAAGAUCUGCCUGUUAGUUGGUCAAACUACCUUGGAUGGAACACCUGUGGUGUACUGUUAAUGGGUUUGAGAAAUGGAACAAAGACUGCCAAAUAUUUACGAGAAAACCGCCCCACAAGGGCAUACAAAAUUAAAAGUGAAUUGGGAAUAGCCACAGAUAACGGAUGGGCAUCCGGAAAAGUCGUUGAAAAAACAACAUGGAGACAUGUUAAAAAAUUUAACAUGGAACGCCUUUUAAGUUCCAUGCAAGCUUCUCAUCAGAAAAAAAUGUUUGAGUUGUGUGGCGUGGAUUUACAGUCGCAGUUGGCCUAUGACUUGGCAGCUCAGGGACCAAUCAGACCAGCAAACUCAAAAGUUCCAGUAAUUUAUGGAAUUAAGUGUACUGAAUUUGAGGCGCCUAACUUUACAUUGGAAAUUCAAUGCAUGAAUGAAAACGAAGCGUACCUGACCAAUCUCGUGAACGACAUUGGCUUGAAGUUACAUAGUAGUGCUCAUUGUACUGCUAUACAAUGUAUCAGGCAUUCUUGCUUUACAGUUGAAGAUGCACUAUUAAAGAAACAUUUUACUCUUCAAGAAAUUUUAGAUAAUAUGGAAAGAUGUAAUCAAUUACUAGAGAAAAACAGGCAUUUACUACAUCAGCACAGCGCAAGACUUACUAGUAUAGUGUGAUACAGAUAAGGUUGUUUUAUGGAAUAUCUAAAAUGUAAAUAUAGUUUUAAGUAAAUAAAUAAUUGAAUAUAAAUAUU